AUGAAAAUCACGAUUGUUUCCUUUGUGCAUAGCCAACAGCAAUCUUCAACGCCUUUUGGAACCUCCAACCCAAACAAUCUCACCAUGAUUUCAUUCUGCUCCUCUGAUUCUCCAAAAGCAACUCACGGAUCUUGCAAUCCUUUCGAUGGCUCUACGGAUAUGUCCAAACAUUUUAACGUGCAUGCAUUGCCAAACAUUCGGAUUCAUACCAAGCAUCUCUCAUCGAGCAGCAAAAGGAAAGAGAAGUCUCUAAACGCAAGCUCUGUUCUCAAUAGUGGAAUUCGAAAGAAAUCAUCCUCUUCAAAGUGUUCAAACUUGAGUUUUUCCACACCACCAACUUUUGAUUCUGUAUUCCGUGUCAAUUUGUACAACAAUAGUCAACCACAAGAAAUGAUGAAGACCAGUGAAGGCAUUGAUUGUAAUCCGAAUCCUCACACGAACAAGUCAUCACAAAUGCCGAGCCCUCACUACCAUCUUUUACAACCCUGUACUGUAUGCAUGUCUCAUUCAAAAGAUGCAAAGGCUAAGAAAAUUAGAACCUCAAUUUCUAUUCAGGAGCUGCUAAACGCCUGA